AGGGGAGAGAAGGAGAGAAGGAGGAGAGGGAAGGAGGAGCGGAAAGAAGAGAAGGGAGUGAAGGAGGCAGGAAGGAAGAGGAGCAAGGCAGGCAGGCAGGCCGACUAGCCGAGAGCGAGCAAGCGAGCGGCUGCGGGAGCGGGAGUGCCGGAGAGGCCCCGGGAGAGGCCCCGGAGAGGAGCGCGGGCCGGGGGCAGAGCCCCCAGCGCCUCCAGCCCGCGGGCCCGUCCGCCAUGCAGGGGCGCAGAGCGCGCCGCCGCCGUCACCAAGUCCGAGAACCAGAGCGGCUGGGCAAAUCCUAGAGCCGGAGACCCAUUCCUGGAAAGAACCCGUCGUCCAGGGGCUCUGAGACCUGCCUCCAAACCCGUCCCUGGCCUGUUCUAGGCAGUCCAUGUUCCUGGAACGCCCACUGAGGACUUCUCCUGGGGUGCCGAGGAGCAGGAUGGCGUCGUGGGUGUGGACACUGAUCUUGCUGAGCUCCUCGUGGCCCGCAGGCCACGGCUCGAGGCCCUGGAAGCUGGAAUUCUUCCGCAGUAAGACAGAGUUAAACCACCUGGUGGUCGAUGAAGUGUCGGGGACUGUGUAUCUGGGGGCCGUGAAUGCCCUUUACCAGCUCACUGCUGACCUGCAGCUGGUCCACGCGGUGGAAACGGGGCCUGCCCUGGACAACAAGAAAUGCACCCCGCCCAUCGAGCCGAGCCAGUGCCAAGAGGCUGUGGACAUGGAUAAUGUCAACAAGCUGCUCCUGCUGGACCGGCCGGCCGGCCGCCUGGUGGAGUGCGGCAGCCUCUUCAAGGGCAUCUGCGCCCUCCGGGAGCUGGGCAACAUCUCCCACCGCAUCUUCUACGAGGACAGCAGCGGGGAAAAGUCCUUUGUGGCCAGCAACGACGAGCGGGUCUCCACGGUGGGGCUGGUGACCAGUGUGGGCAAGGAUGAUGGCGACGGAGGGCCUGGUGAGCGUGUGCUUUUCGUGGGUAAGGGCAAUGGGCCCCACGACAACGGGAUCAUCAUCAGCACCCGUCUGCUGGACCGCAAGGAUGGCAAAGAGGCCUUUGAAGCCUACACAGACCACACGGCCUUCAAGGCGGGCUAUCUGUCGGCCAACACCCAGCAGUUUGUGGCUGUGUUUGAGGAUGGCGACUACGUCUUCUUCAUCUUUAACCAGCAGGACAAGCAGCCCGCCAAGAACCGUACCAUCGUGGCCCGGAUGUGCAAGCAAGACUCCUUCUACUACUCCUACUUUGAGAUGGACCUGGAGUGCCAGGGCGCCUCGGGGGACGUCUACAGCAUCUGCCACGCAGCCUUCGUGGCGCCAGGACCCACCCCGGAGGCCAGCCAGGUGCUCUUCGCCGUCUUUAGUAAAGACAGUAAGGGCAGCGGGGGCACCCCUCGCUCGGCACUGUGCCUCUUCCCCUUGGAGAAGAUCCACCAGAAGAUGGAGGAGAAUAGGAACAAAUGCUACAUGGGAGCCCAGGGGAGCAGCUCCGAGACCUUCUACAAGCCCUUUCACGGGGACAUCCAGUGUGUGAGCCACGGAGCGAUGGCCAGUCAAAGCUUCCGCUGUGGCUCUGAGCACCUACCAUACCCACUGGGGAGCCGGGAUGGGCUGGUGGGCACCGCUACCCUGCAGAGAGAUGGCAUGAAUCUGACAGCAGUGACUGUGACAACUGAAAAUGGGCACACUGUGGUCUUACUGGGGACAUCUGGUGGCCGCAUCCACAAGGUGUUCCUGAGGGCUGAUGGGACGUCCAUGGAAUACGGCUCUAUCCUUGUGGAAAUGAACAAACGGAUUGAAAGAGAUCUGGUGUUUUCUACCAAUGGGACAAAUCUCUACGUUAUGACCCAGGACAAGGUUCUCCGGUUUCCUGUUCAGGAGUGUCUAAGCUACACGACUUGUGAGCAGUGCAAGGAGUCUCGGGACCCCUACUGUGGCUGGUGUGUGCUCGAGGGACGCUGCACCAGGAAGAUCAACUGCUUGAGGGCAGAGGAGAAGAAUCACUGGCUCUGGAGUUGGGGUGACUCCUGUGUGACUGUCACCAGUGCCCAGCCCCAGAAUAUGAGCCGCCGUGCUCAGGGAGAGGUGCACUUGACAGUCAGCCCUCUCCCAGCUCUGACAAUAAAUGAUGACCUUCAGUGUAGCUUUGGGGACUCACCAGCACACCCUGCCCGUGUGGAAGGAGAGACCAUCAUCUGUAACUCCCCCAGCAAGAUCCCCCCGACACCUCCAGGCCAAGACCAUGUGGAAGUCCUGAUAAUACUCACCUUCUUGCGAACCCCUGUGUUCUUGACCUCUCACAUGUACCCAUUCUAUGACUGCAAGGAGGCCAUGAGUCUGAAAGAGAAUGUUCCGUGCAUCUCUUGUGCCAGUAAUCGCUGGAACUGCCAGUGGGACCUGAAGUACCACGAGUGCCGAGAGUCUUCCCCUAACCCUGAGGAGGGCAUCAUCAAGGCCCACAUGGAGGAAAACUGCCCCCAGUUCCUGAACCCUAACCCGAUGGUCAUUCCCAUGAAUUAUGAGACAGCUGUGAACUUUGAGGGGAAGAAUCUGGAUCCAGUGAAGGUAUCAUCCCUGCAUGUGGGCAGUGAGAAGCUGAAGUUUGAAGAGCCAGUGACCACUGGGGAGUCGGGCACCUUCACCUUUACCACCCCCAAGUUAUCCUAUGAUGGAAACGAGACGCUGCCCCUGAACUUGUACAUCAAGUCUUAUGGGAAGAACAUCGAUAGCAAACUGGAGGUGACCCUGUACAACUGCUCCUUUGGCCGCAGCGACUGCAGCCUCUGCCUGGCUGCCAACCCUGCCUACCGCUGUGUGUGGUGUGGGGGCCAGAAUCAGUGUGUGUACGAGGCCCUGUGCAGCAACGUCACUACCGAGUGCCCGGCCCCUGUCAUCACCAAGAUCCAACCCGAGACGGGUCCCCUGGGCGGGAGUAUUCGAGUCACCAUCCUGGGCUCCAACCUGGGCAUCCGAGCCGACGAUGUCCAAAGGAUCACAGUAGCCGGCAAGAACUGUGAUUUCCAGAGGGCCCAGUAUUCCGUGUCCACCAGGAUCGUGUGUAAGGUGGACCCUUCGGAGGAAGCCAUCACGGGGGGCAUCGAGGUGGACAUCAAUGGGAAGCUGGGCCAGUCACCGCCCCAUGUCCAGUUCACCUAUCAGCAACCAGUACCCAAGAAGGUGAGCCCCACUCAGGGGCCCCAGGCUGGCGGGACCACCCUGGUCAUCAGCGGCUCCUACCUAGACACUGGAUCCCCUGAGGAUGUCCGGGUGAUCCUGGGCACCUCCAAGAAGGGAGUGCCCUGUGAGGUCAUUGAAUUUGGGCCGCAGCUCCACUGUAUCACAGGGCCCUAUGAGGCCCUCGGGGAGGUCCCCAUUGAGGUCUACUAUGGCAGCUCCCUGGCAGCAGGGGACCGAGUCACCUUCACGUACUGGGAGAACCCGGUGCUAAAGGCCUUUGAGCCCCUCCGGAGCUUCGUCAGCGGAGGCCGGAACAUCAACAUCACGGGCCAGGGAUUUGACCUCAUCCAGAACUUCUCCAUGGUGGUAAUUGCAGAGCCCCUUCGAUCCUGGAGCAAGAGGAGGAAGAGGCAGGCUCAGAGCCCUCUCCAGGCCAUGACGGUGGUAGGGACUACGUAUACCCGGUACAGUGACACCAAAAUCGUCUUCUCGUCCCCCCAAGUCCCUGACGACCCCGAGGCCUACAACAUCACCACGCUGCUCCAGAUGGACGGCCACCGCGUCCUGCUGAAGACCGAGGCUGGGACCUUCGAGUACGUCCCAGACCCCACCUUUGAGAACUUCACUGACGGCGUCAAGAAACAAGUGAACAAGCUCAUCCAUGCCAGGGGUACCAACUUAAAUAAGGCCAUGACCAUCCACGAGGCAGAGGCAUUUGUGGGUGCCGAACGAUGUUUCAUGAAGACAUUGACUGAGACCGACCUGUACUGUGAACCCCCCGAGAUACAGCCGCCCCCCAAGCGGCGGCAAAAGAGAGACACCACCCACAACCUGCCCGAGUUCAUUGUGAAGUUUGGCGCCCGGGAGUGGGUCCUCGGCCGGGUAGAGUAUGACACGCGGAUGAGUGACAUGCCCCUCAACAUCAUCUUGCCCCUGGUCAUCAUCCCCAUGGUGGCUGUCAUUGUCUUCUCCGUCUACUGCUACUGGCGGAAGAGCCAACAAGCUGAACGUGAGUACGAGAAGAUCAAGUCUCAGCUGGAGGGCCUGGAGGAAAGCGUCCGUGACCGCUGCAAGAAGGAGUUCACAGACCUGAUGAUUGAGAUGGAAGACCAGACCAAUGACGUGCAUGAAGCCGGGAUCCCCGUGCUGGACUACAAGACCUACACAGACCGAGUCUUCUUCCUGCCCUCCAAAGAUGGGGACAAGGACGUCAUGAUCACCGGGAAGCUGGAUAUCCCCGAGUCUCGCAGGCAGACAGUGGAGCAGGCUCUCAACCAGUUCUCCAACCUGCUGAACAGCAAAUCCUUCCUCAUCAAUUUCAUCCACACGCUGGAGAACCAGCGGGAAUUCUCCGCCCGGGCCAAGGUGUACUUUGCAUCCCUGCUGACGGUGGCCCUUCACGGGAAGCUCGAGUACUACACAGACAUCAUGCGGACACUCUUCUUGGAGCUCAUGGACCAGUAUGUGGGUGCCAGGAACCCGAAGCUGAUGCUGAGGAGGUCAGAGACCGUAGUGGAGAGAAUGCUUUCCAACUGGAUGUCCAUCUGUCUCUAUCAGUAUCUCAAGGACACCGCUGGCGAAUCACUUUACAAGCUCUUCAAGGCCAUCAAGCACCAGGUGGAGAAGGGGCCUGUGGACGCAGUGCAGAGGAAGGCCAAGUACACCCUGAAUGACACCGGGCUCCUGGGGGACGAUGUGGAGUACAUUCCAUUGACUGUGAAUGUCAUUGUUCAGGAGGAAGGUGUAGAAGCCAUUCCCGUCAAAGUCCUCAACUGUGACACCAUCACCCAAGUCAAGGAGAAGAUUAUUGAUCAGGUGUACCGCACACUGCCCUGCUCAAGGUGGCCCAAGGCUGAGAGCGUCGUCCUGGAGUGGCGUCCUGGUUCCACAGCCCAAAUCCUGUCUGACUUGGACCUUACGUCACAGCGUGAUGGCCGCUGGAAACGGAUCAAUACACUCAUGCAUUACAAUGUCCGGGAUGGGGCCACCCUUAUCCUUUCCAAGAUGGGGAUCUCCCAGCAGCCUGAGGACAGCCAGCAGGACCUGCCUGGAGAGCGCCAUGCCCUCCUGGAGGAGGAAAACAGAGUGUGGCACCUGGUGAGGCCCACAGAUGAGGUCGAAGAAGGAAAGUCCAAACGGGGCAGCAUGAAGGAAAAGGAGAGGACCAAGGCCAUCACGGAAAUCUACCUGACCCGCCUGCUCUCUGUGAAGGGCACGCUGCAGCAGUUUGUGGAUAACUUCUUCCACAGCGUCCUGACGCCUAGCCCGACCGUACCCCCAGCUGUCAAAUACUUCUUUGACUUCUUAGACGAGCAAGCAGAGAGACAUGAGAUCAAGGACGAGGACACAAUUCACAUCUGGAAAACCAACAGUUUACCACUCCGAUUCUGGGUAAACAUCCUGAAGAACCCUCACUUCAUCUUUGACGUCCACGUCCCGGAGGUGGUAGACUCAUCCCUGUCCGUCAUUGCCCAGACUUUCAUGGAUGCCUGCACUCGGACAGAGCACAAGCUGAGCAGGGAUUCUCCCAGCAACAAGCUGCUCUACGCCAAAGAGAUUUCCACCUAUAAGAAGAUGGUGGAGGAUUACUAUAGAGGGAUUCGACAGAUGGUACAAGUGAGCGACCAAGACAUGAACACCCACUUAGCCGAGAUUUCCCGGGCACACACGGACUCUCUAAACACCCUCGUGGCCCUGCAUCAACUGUACCAGUACACCCAGAAGUACUAUGACGAGAUCAUCAAUGCCCUGGAGGAGGACCCUGCAGCCCAGAAGAUGCAGCUGGCCUUCCGCCUGCAGCAGAUCGCAGCUGCCCUGGAGAACAAGGUCACGGACCUCUGACGCGGCUUCCCGUCAGACCCGCCGCCGCCACGUCCUCUUUCCUCCCAUUUGAUACUGUACGAGAAUUCUGCGCGAAAGGAAUCAUGGUUUUGUGGAUCAGCCAGCCGAGAUGUUAAAGGAUUCGGACUCCAAAUGCCCGGGCGGAGGGGCUCGCUCUCAGGAACAGACGGCACCUUCGAGAGCUCCCUGUCCCCCCGAGGGGAGGCCAGCCUUAGCCACUGAGCCCAAGUCCUCCGGCCCACGCUGGCCCAGGGGAUCCCACUCCUGCUGCCUGCUUUCCGCGACAGGAUGAGUUCUGGGUUAACAUCUCAAUGUGCGAUCAGGGGCCGGCUGGACUCCAGGCUGCCCGGAGUCCAGCUCCGCCUGCCCCCCCCUGCCACGCAGGGGCCCUGGCAUGUGGGGUGUUUCCUGAUUGAUUGUAAAUGUGCCUUAUUGAUCCCCUGCUGCCUGCGACUUGGGGUAGAAGAGAGCGGCGCGCCCUAUUCUUCCUGUGCGCCCCCAGCGAGCAGGACUGCUCAUUUUGACCUUCUGUGGUGUCUUGGGGCGCCACGCCAGCUGUGAGCUGCCGGAGGUCUGAGUGCCUGCCUACUUGCCCAUCCCUGGCACUCGGCUGCCAUCCAAUGGCAUCUCCAGCCCUUUUCUGUCUUUCCCAGGAGGUGAGAGACAAAAUUCGGUACGAUUUCCCCCAGCACAAGGGAUGGAGCGACGUAGCCCCGCGCUCCCACCCCGCCCCCAGCCCCUUUGGGCUCCUGCACGUGGCAGGGACCCCUGGGAUGGGGCAGCUGCGGCAGAGGGUCACCCCCUGCCCAGCUCGGCCCCCCAGCCAGCCCCGGGAGCGAGUAACGGCCGGCGAAUCGCCCUUCCCGGGCAGCUGCGUGGACCAUACCCGACCGACCGUGAGGGGCGUCAAACGUCCCAUCAUGUGUUGGCCACACAAGGCCACGUGGGACAUUGGACACGUGAGACUUUAGUCAUGUCUAGUGUUGAACACAUGAGGUCGUGUCAAAUGUGGAGUGUUGGUGUCUCGUUGAGUGUUGGCCAUGUUAUGAGUCAGGCAUUGAAUGUCGGGACUCCCAGAGGAAGACCACGGGAGGGCGAGCGCCCCGGCGUGGGAGGUCCCACUCCUGCCGUGGUCCCCAUCGUGUGUGGCACGGGGACCUGGGGGUCUGGGCGGCUUGGGGGAAGCCCCCGCCACCCCCUUCCCCACUGUGUAAAUCUUGUUCAUCGUAAGCCAAAUACAACGUGUCCUUUUUCA